AUGGUGCGUCGGCGGCACGAUGCUGCACGAAAGGAGCUUGUGACAAAAUUAGCAGGUGCUACAUCAAUUGCUAUCACAACGGAUGCGUGGACAUCGAAGGCUGUGGUCUCCUUUGUAACGUACACGAGCCACUAUGUCACGGACGACUGGAAACUGGUGUCGCACGUUCUUGAGACCAAGCGCUUCAACGGGAGUCACACAGCGGAAACCCUUGCUGCCAGCACAGAAGCAGUUCUUAGCAGAUUCAACAUUGCGCAUGACACUGUGCAGUGCUUAGUCCAUGAUGAAGCACCAAACCAGAUGGCAGCGAGCAGACUUCUUCGCAGCCAACAUCACUGGGAUUACCAAGCUUGCGCUGCCCAUCGGUUGCAAACCUGCAUCAGGCAUGCUAUAACAGCAUCAAGGCCUGUCACGAAACUGCUGGCUUCUUCCAGGCAACUUGUUGGUCACUUCAGCCACAGUGCCAAGAGCACAGAGGCGCUAAACAACAAGCAAGUAGCUAUGGCGUCAGCUAGCAAGUCUGGCACUCCUCUACGAGUCAUCCAGGAUGUUCCAACGCGAUGGAACAGCUCCUUUCUGAUGCUCCAGCGCCUGAUUCACCUGAGGCUGCCAAUCAUGGCGGUUUUGGAAGACCCCGAGCUGACCAAGAGCUCCCAUCGGCACCUGCAGUUGAAGGACCACCAGUGGAAUCUCGCCAAGGAGAUAGUGGCAGCACUGGAGGCACCAGCAAAGGCUACCACUGUUCUUGGUGGGGAAACCUACUGUACACAGACGUUGGUGGUGCCGGUGGCCAAGUCUUUGCUACGUGGUCUUCGUACUGCGAAUGAGGAACUCUCGGCAUCGGCUGCGGAUUUCCGGAAAUCACUGGCAAUGGAAAUCGAGGUGAACACUGGACCCAGGUCACGGAGCCUCGGAUUCUUGGACAAUGACGAAGACAAGGACGAGUUGAAGUCAGAGAUUGUUCGCCGGGUGUGUGCUCAAAUCACUGCCGACAGCAAUGGGAGCAGCUGUGAUGACGAAUGUAUUCUGGAGCCACCUGCCAAGCGACCUAUGGAAGAGGACAUGUCGUUGUUCUUCGCGUGCCCUAGCGUCGAGCCAUCCACAACUUCAUCGGCAGCAUCGGAUUGUGAGGUGGAGGUAACCCAAUUCUUCACGGAGAAACAAGUAGGCUCAUCUGUGGACCCACUCGAUUGGUGGAGGACGAAUGCGGACAGGUUUCCCACCAUGGCAAGGUUGGCAAAGCGCGUGCUGUGCAUACCUGCCACCUCUGUGCCGUCGGAGCGAGUAUUUUCAGCGGCUGGCAUCAUUGUCAGCAAACUACGAGCAAGUCUAACGCACGAGAACGUUGAUGCACUCGUCUUCCUUCAUGCAAACAGUGGUCUUCAGGCAGCAAGAACUGCUGCCCCUGUGGCGGUCCAGCAGUUGAUGCCACGGCUUGAGAGGUUUGCAGAGGAAGAAGCCGAUGACUUGCCUCCUUUGCCUGACCUGUAG